UAGCCCACCCAAUCAACGAAAAAAGAAAAUACUGGGGAGUAAAAGCCAGGUUCCUGGAAUUUCUGGACUACAAACCCUAGUCACCGAUUAGAAUCGAAAAUCGCCGUUCAUUCAGCUUUCAGUUGCAUGGUUUUGUCUUAAUUUUGGUUCUGCUUCAUAGUAAGUGGGUCUUCCAUUGUUGACGAGCUUCAGCAAUGACGCGGCCUUAUGGUGUGAAGGAUCGGAAGCGAAAGAGGAAGGAGGAGAAGUACGAUCCCGAAGAAGAUGAAGAAGCGGAACCAAUGGGUGCAGCCAAGAGAGCUUUAACGGGGGAUUCAAACUCCCUAGAGGAAGAAAAAUCUGCCGAAGAAGCACGAGACGCGGUUGCGGCGGAUGAACUUGAAGGUAUUCCUAUAGCGCCAAGUGACCGCAACAGUGAUAAGUCUAAGGUUAUAUUUGUUCUUGAAAGGGCUUCUUUGGAAGUCGCCAAAGUUGGCAAGAGUUAUCAGAUUUUGAAUUCGGACGACCAUGCCAAUUUCUUGCGUAAACAUAACAAGAAUCCUGCUGAUUACAGGCCCGACAUCGUUCAUCAGGCCCUUCUAAUGAUUCUGGAUAGCCCACUAAAUAAAGCAGGAAGGGUGCAAGCUGUGUAUGUAAGAACUGAAAAGGGUGUUCUCUUUGAGGUUAAACCUCAUGUUCGUAUACCAAGAACUUUCAAGCGGUUCUCUGGCGUCAUGUUGCAAUUACUUCAGAAAUUGAGCAUAACUGCUGUUGGUAAGCGUGAGAAACUUCUCCGUGUGAUCAAAAACCCUGUAACCCAGCAUUUACCAUUAGAUUCUCGAAAAAUAGGUUUCUCCUACAACUCACAAAAGCUGGUAGACAUGAAUGAUUAUGUGUCAACUAUUGCCACCAAUAUGAGUCCCGUCUUUGUGGUAAUCUCAGAAGUUCAACUCCUGAUUUUCUUUGAAUUUCAUCAGACUUUUUAUUCAACCCACAAAUUUUCUGAGACAAAUCUAAAUUCAGUUUCUAGCUACCCUCUAAGUGCUGCGUAUUGUCUUACUAGGAUUUGUGCUGCCCUUGAAGGAAAAUGGAAGAUCUUGUAAGCUUCAGCUUUGCGUAAAACGCAGUUGCUAACAUGAGUGGUAUUGUCUUACCAGGAUUUGUGCUUCCCUUGAAGGAAAAUGGUAGAUCUUGUAAGCUUCAGCUUUACGUAAAACGCAGUUACUAACAUGAGUGGUAAGUAUAUAAAUUACUGUAGGAGAGAGAACUUGGCCAUGGAGAGCAAUCAGCCUAUCAUGUACAAGACUAGACGUUGUCUCAUAGCGGCAAUAUGUUGAUUACGGAUUGAUCAUGGAGCGAUGUUGUAUUUUGAUUACGCAUGUUCCUCGCGCAUUUGAAGAGUUGGUUCACGUUUUGACA